AUGUCUACAGCAGAAGGUCUACUACAAGCACUGGACCAAGCCAAGGCAGAGCUCCAGACAGUCAAACAAGCAAUCGUCGGGCUGGACAAGUCUGUCGCGGAUUUGAAAUUUCUCUGCCAGGGCAGCAGCCACGGCCCAUCAUUGACAUUCCAAGAGCCGGCAGUGCCUGAGGCUGCAGCACCCGGAUCCGAUGUGCCUGCCAAUAUAGCAGCCAUCCUGGAUCAGCUCGAAGGGCUGACAGUCCACGAGCCUACUGCAAGCAAAGAGACUACCGUAACGGUAGAUCUCAAACGCAAGCUCGAGGACAGCCACCCUGAGGCUGAGCAGGUGUCGGUGGAAAAGGAUGGGACGAACGAGACCACAACCAAGCCAAGCCGCAAGCGCCGACACCGAGGCAAGGGCAAGGGCAAGACUGCCGGUGAACCCGCGCCUGCGUCGCCCAAGAGCUCGUUCCAGCUGCCUGCCAUCGCUACCUUGUCGAUGCAGGCCACGCCAGCAGAACACAACAAGGUGUGCUCGGAGCUCCUUGUUAAGAUGAAACAGCUGGUUUGUCGAGCUGGCUCAUCUCUGGCAAGGGACAGCCUUGCCAAGGUCAUAAAGGUAGAACAGCUGGAUUUGGCCUGGCCACGCUCUGUUGCCAAUGCAAACAGAUCGGCUGUUUCAUCUUGA